UGUAAUCCAUAAAAACCCAUUUGCAUAUGUAUGGGCGAGAUUGGCAGCUGCCAACGAGCCCCGCGGGAGAGCUAAAUGAAGAUGGUCUCCGAAUCCGAAUUGGGUUAGUUGCUUUAGUGCCGGAUUGAGUUAGUGCCACCAACACGGCCACCUUUGGAUUUGCAUUUGGGCUUGGGACAAUGCCAUUACAAAUCAAUUUGGCUAAGAGUUUGGCCAACCGUUCGCUGGUUCAAUAAAAACUAUUCUAAUGAGAUGCGCCGGGCGACAAAACAAAGGCAGUGACAACUGUUGACAACUAAGGUCGCGAAUCGGAUAAGAUUUAGUUUCCAUUCAACCGGGAACGGCUUCGGACGCAUUCGAAAUAUAUUGAUAACCAAAGGACACCAUAAUAUCCAGCUAUGCAGUGGCUAUUUUUUACGGCCUUUUUGCUGUUUGUGGCAUUGGGUUAUCCUGCACAAGCCAUAAGGAUAUCCGCUCUAGAAGCCGAGCAACGCUGGCCACAAAAGCAGGCUAAGAUUGGUUCCAGAAACUAUCCUAUUGAAUAUGUCCUGCUGCCGAGUGCUCGAGGUGGUUACAGGAGGCGUUAUGUAAACAGUCUGGGCAAGGCAGCUCCUACAACCACCACCGAGCGUCCAUUCAUCCGCUAUUGGAAUAGCUUCGUUCGCAGUGUUCAGCCCUCCUUCAGUUUUCGCAAUCUGACCAAUCCACUGGCCAAUUUCUUCAACGACGGCAGUUCCAACAUAAUUGAGAGUUCGCCCGUAUACCUGCAGUCAUACGAUGAGCAAGAGCAACAGCUCGAUGAACCGAAUCCAGUGGCUUCGCCGAAUUCCAACAAACGGAAGCGAAAGCGUCGCAAGCAGCAGAAACGACGACCCGCCUACGAAUCGGAGGAGAACGACGAUGCCUACGCACCUUAUGAUCCCUACUUUGUGCCACCUCCUCCGCCGCCACACGCACAACCUAUGUUCUUCUACGACACCCAUUCCGGCAGCUACUAUGGGGUACAGCGCUUCAGCCCGCAGGAUUUCCAAGCUAAUUUCUACAACUUCAAUGCCCAGCAGAAUGAGCAAGAGGAAGUAGAAAGCGAGCCGGAGGAGGAGGCACCAGUGGUGAGGAGACUCAGUUCAAGGAAGGUGGCUUUGCUGCGCCCUCUGCCCUUGUCUUCGAUCAAGAGCCAAGUGCCUGCGAAGUUGGUUGAAGUAAGCAAGCCGGAGAAGUUCAAUGAGAACGAACAAACGGACGACGAAACUGAGAGCAACGCGCCGAGCAAUGCACCGGCUGACGAUGAAGAAGACGACGCUGAUAUCGAACCCAACUCGUCGCUCUCCGAGAGCAUGCGCAAUACUCUGGGCACGUACAUGCGCGAUGAUCGCCACACCCGCCGGCGGCAGAUGUUGGCGAGCGAUGGAGCAGGAGCCCAUGAUUCCGACGCCCAAGUCUCGCCGCGCAAUCAACAGCGACGCGUCUUUCGGUUGGACGCCUGGUGA